AUGGAGAAUUUAGAUCUGGUGGGUUAUAGAUUUUAUCCAACAGGAGAGGAACUGAUAAAUUAUUAUCUCAAGAACAAAAUUUUGGGUAAAUCAUGGCUAGUCGAUGAUACGAUUAGUGAGAUCAACAUCUGUAGUUACGAACCAAUUUGUUUGCCUUCUUUAUCGAAGAUCGAAUCGAAGGAUCCUGUAUGGUACUUCUUCUCCCCGAAGGAGUACACCUCCGCGAAGAAGAAGGUAACGAAGAGGACUACCGUUUCUGGUUACUGGAAAGCUACCGGCGUUGAUCGGAAAAUCAAAGAUAAGAGAGGAAUCCGCGGCGAGAUCGGGAUCAAGAAGACGCUUGUGUACUAUGAAGGUAGGGUUCCUAAUGGAGUUUGGACUCCUUGGGUUAUGCAUGAGUACCACAUCACUUGCUUGCCUCUUCAUCAGAGGACUUAUGUUAUCUGCCAAGUGAUGUACAAAGGUGAAGAUGGAGACAUUUUGUAUGGUAAUAACUCGAAUGAGCCAAGCCACUCUCUGGUCUCUGACUCGAACGCUGUCAGAGCUAUUAACACACCGUCUGAGGUUGAGCAGACAGGUCAAGAAGAUGGUUUGUCUGUGAAUGAGUUGUUAAUCCCAAUGAACGAACCAGAACCAGAGUAUGGAUUCAAUCCAGACACGUUUCUCACCGACUUCAGCCCUAACUUGCAGCCACAAACACCUUUUGAUGAUGAUGAGUAUUUUAGUGGGUUGCUGAAUUAUAACGGAGGCAAUUUCGAAAGCGUUCUUGCCGAUCAUCAAGAACUGAUAAUGCAGGAGAACCGUAACGAUUACAGACCAAAGCAAUCUUUGUCAGGGAUCAUUGUUGAUUAUAGCAGUGACAGCGAUGCUGAAUCGAUAUCUGCAACGAGUUACCAAAGAAGUCCAGGUAGUUCUAAUAGAGACUUACCAAGUUGCUCAAGCACAGAGUCUUUCAAAGAUCUAAUCAUACCAUCUAAAACAGAGGUGAAGCAAGGUAAAGCCGUUGAUGCAGCCAUAUACAAGGAGUCAUAUAUGGUGAAGACAGAGAAGAAGGGCUGGUUUCUUGUAGAGGAAGCAAUGCAGAGAAUAGCUCCUCGUUGUGUAUAUCUCAUGAACAUGAUCGUAGGAUUCAUCCUCUUGGUGGCUCUCAUUGGCAACAUCGUAUCGGUUUUACUAAACGUCAAAGCCUGA